GGCGGAAGUCUACAGAGCAGGGGGAUUCCCCGAGGGAAGUUCCCAACUCAGCCAGGCUAUGUAAAACAUACAGAGCCAUAUCCUCUGCUGCGCUUCGUAACUUUUGCAUCUCGAAGAUAGGGCGACGACGCUGCGCGGUGGUGUCCAAAACAAUAAAUUCGACUUUUUGAACAGUUACUCGGAUGAAGGUAAGAGGACGGGCCGGUCUCUGUCUGCGAGGGCUCAUGUCUGCUGUGUCAGUGAUGAUUGUGGAGCACACGGCAUGGAAAGGAACAUCGGAGACCAGCUCAACAAAGCUUUCGAAGCUUAUCGCCAGGUCUCCAUCGAAAAGGACAAUGCGAAAAAAGAGCUGCAGCAAAUGACUGAAUAUUACGAGCGAUACACCCAAAAACUUCAAAAGCAGAUAGAGGACCAGCAGCAGUUGAUUUCAAAACUUGAAGCUAAGUUAUCAGCAACAAGGCAACCAUCAGGAGAGAUGAAAUGUGAGCCCUGCAACCAUCUCCUCGAUGGGGCCAGCGCUUAUAGGAAAAUCCAGUACCCGGAGAAUAUCGGCACUGUUGCUGUUGCUCCAAAUAUGUCAGUCAGCAACACCGUUGACUAUCAAGACAUGCUGGACGCAUUUGAAGCAAUUCAAGGGAAAUUCCGGCAGAUUCGGUCUCUAACCAGACGACAAAAAGAUCAUCUAAAAAGAUUCCAUGGAGGAAGUGAUACAUCAAACGAUCAGCGGUUCUCCAUGCCCAUCCAGUGCACAGACCGUACAGAAGAGGCAGAGAGACCCUUUUCCUCAGCGCUAAGGUCAGCGGCGGAUAUCCCUCUCCCGCCCACGUCUCUGGCGUCCCGCGGCGCCAGCCCCGAGGACAGGGACUUAGUAGACUCUCUCACCAAACUCAGCGUCAAAUUCCCGCCCUCUGCGGACAGUGAAUAUGACUUCCUGAACAGUGCUCCAGAGAGACACAUUGGUCUGCCCAUGCACACGAAGCGGCCUCUCAGUAGUGUCCCCUCCACGCUGACAGAGGAGGAGCCCGUGGAAUUGCCCAUGCCUUUUGUCUACCCUACAUCCCCCUCCCACUCAACAUCAUCCUCGCUCUCUCAAGAGAGCGUGCGGGGACCCCAGCAGCCUCUCUGGACCCCUGUGCUGUGUGAUGUAGUUGACGUGGGGACAGAGCUGGUGACGCCUCAGAGCAGCAGUCCUGAUAAAUGUGCUUUCUGCCAUGCUGUGGUUCCUCAGGAGCAAAUGAACAGCCACCUCUACUUGCAUUUCUCUCCUGAGAAUGAAGCCGACAAUUGACAGUGGAAGCAGGGACUGACGGGCCAAGGCCACAACUACUCCGAGACUUACUGUAUUCAUGGUCUAGUCCUGCCUGCCAUGAAGUAUAUGCGCUGUACUGGAUUUAAAAAAUGACACUGCAAUAAGACUUGAAUCCAUUUAUUUAAUUUUGAAGAAUUGAAUGGUACACUUUCCUUGCCCAUUAUAUUUUUCUAAUAUCCCACAGAGAAUUCACUCUAGUACUAAGCGACGAUGAUGCAUAAUAUGAUAUAUAUAUUUGAGCAAAUAAAGCCAACAUUUACUCUUGCAACAUUUUUUACUUUUUUUUUUUUAAACAUUUGAAUCAUGCAAAUGUAAAACAGAUUGGGAUGCUCUUAAGUGUAGCCAUACGUAAAGAUAUAAAGUGGACAGGAUGUGUAUUUAUUAACUUUCUUUCUGUAACAUGUUCAUACAUUUUUUAUUUUUUUUUUUAUUUGAUGACAUAAUUUGCAUUAAUAACAUGCAACAAUUUCAUUUUAAGAGAGAAAGUUAAUGUUCAUGAUGAAGUUUUGCUGUGUUAACAGGAAUUUGUUCUAAUUUCUGCUGAAAUAAGACACUGUUUGCUUCCUUUAUAUGUAUUUAUGUUAUUUCCAACUUCAUUUAAAAAAGUUAAUAUGCCAUGUGUUCAUUAAAAUUGCCUACCCAAACGGCAACACAUAACAUUAGGCACAAGCUCAUUGUUCAAUUAAAUGCACGUUUACCUUG